GAAUCAGGAGUCUUGUGGUAAACAAACAUGGCUGCCCACCACAAGCAAACGAGCGGUCAUGGAACUCGGAAAAAAGUUCAAGUGUCCUACGUCAUCCGAGAGGAAGUGGAGAAACAUCACCGGUCUGGCGUCAACUCGCUUCAGUUCGAUCCGUACCUCAACCGUCUUUACUCCGCGGGACGAGACUCCAUCAUCCGCAUCUGGAAUGCGCGCAACGCCGAGGAUCCGUACGUGCAGUCGAUGGAACACCACACCGACUGGGUCAAUGACAUUGUCCUCUGUUGCGGCGGAAAAAACCUCAUAUCAGCGUCGAGCGACACCACUGUCAAGGUGUGGAAUGCCUACAAGGGAUUCUGCAUGUCCACUCUCCGGACGCACAAGGACUACGUGAAGGCCUUGGCAUAUGCCAAAGACCGCGAAAGAGUGGCAUCAGCCGGCCUGGACAGAGUUAUCUUCCUAUGGGACGUCAACACCCUCACCGCUCUCACUGCGUCCAACAACACCGUCACGACAUCCUCGCUGACGGACAACAAGGACAGCAUCUACAGUCUGGCCAUGAACCCCCCUGGUACGGUCAUCAUCUCCGGCUCGACGGAGAAAGUCAUCCGGGUAUGGGACCCUCGUACCUGCCAGAAGAUGCCCAAGCUCAAGGGGCACACUGACAACGUCAAGGCACUCGUGCUCAACCGAGAGGGAACGCAGUGCUUGUCAGGGAGCUCGGACGGCACGAUACGGCUCUGGUCGUUGGGACAGCAGCGCUGUGUGGCCACCAUCAGAGUGCACGACGAAGGUGUCUGGGCACUUCAGGUGAAUGAGAACUUCACAACGGUUUUCUCGGGUGGACGGGACCGCAAAGUGUUCAUGACGGACCUGAGGAAUCCUGACAACCGUGCCUUGGUCUGUGAGGAGACGGCCCCGGUCCUGAAGAUGAUGCUUUGCCACGACACAUCUUCACUCUGGGUCGCCACCACAGAUUCUUCAAUCAAAAGCUGGCCCGUGAAUAACAGGUGUUCCCAGUUGGACGACUACGACGUCGAGACGCUGGUGCCGCUCAGCCAGAAGCCACAGUCAUGCAUCAAAGGAAAUCCGAGCAUACGGCACUACACGGUACUCAAUGACAAGCGUCAUGUUCUCACCAAAGACACCGCAUGCAGUGUGGCUGUUUGGGACGUUCUCAAUGCGUGUAAAGUGGAAGACCUUGGAGCAGUCGACUUUGAAGCCGAAGCCAAAAAGAGAUUCAAGAUGGUCUAUGUUCCGAACUGGUUUUCCGUCGACCUCAAAACAGGGAUGCUCUGUGUUCACUUGGAUGAUCCGGACUGCUUUGCUGCCUGGGUCUCCGCAAAAGAGUCCGGACUCGGUCCUUCCGACGGAGGCCCCGACCCCAAGAUCAACCUGGGAGGCCUGUUGCUUCAAGCAUUGCUCGAAAAUUGGCCACCAACUUACACCAACGAUGAAGAAGGCGAAAAUGGGACUGGGACACUAGCCAUGAAUGGGGAUCGACAGAAACCCGGCAACAUGUAUUUUAGCGUUCCAGACCACACACCUGUCACUUUUAGUGAAGUUGGCGGCCGAACUCUGCUCAGGCUACUGGUUGGGGACGCCGGUCGGGAAAACGAAGAACUGCUUCUCAAUGAAACUGUUCCCACUUGGGUCACAGACGUCGUCAUUUCCAAAAACAUGCCACGGUUCAACAAGAUUCCAUUCUACCUUCUGCCUCACUCAUCUUCAGGGGUCAAGCCUUUGCGGAGGGACCGUCUCUCGGCGAGCGACAUGCUGCAGGUGCGCAAGGUCAUUGAGCACGUCUACGAGAAGAUCAUGGGAGCCGGUUCGGACGCAAGUUCGCAGACGGCUGGUCAGCAAGGAAGCACGGGAGGACAAGAGAAGGGAGAGCCCAACCCCGGGGCAGAGGACGAGAGGACGUCCAUUGCCGAGGAGAAGGUGGAGCUGCUCUGCCAGGACCAGGUUCUAGAGUCGACGAUGGACCUGCGGACAGUACGGCACUUCGUGUGGAAGAGCGGCGGUGACCUGGUUCUGCACUACCGGCCAGUCAAGUGACGCCGGCCGCUGGCCUGGAGCCUACUCCGCAAGAGCUGCCACCGUGCCGUCGGAACCAUCUUUCUGUGAUACGCGCGCCGAUUCCCGUCGUUCCCGGGCUCGGUGCGCCCACCAACCACCGUGCUGGCGAGACACUUGUCGCGAGCAACCCAUCAUCAACCAUGCAACAGAAGCCUCCAAGUCACACACCGCUGCCGCCGCCAUCGCCGCCACUAGAAGAGAGUCGUGUAUCCGUAAAACGAGAUGCAGCUUCUUUUCAUUCCUCGUUUUAGGUGUGGUCUGCAGGCGAUGCAUCCUUAGCAGAUGAUGCAUCCUAAGCAGAUGAUGCAUCCGUAGCAGAUGAUGCGUCCUUAGCAGAUGAUGCAUCCACUGCAGACGAUGCAUCCACAGCAGACGAUGCACCCUUAGCAGACAAUGCGUCCGCAGCAGACGACGUGUCUGUAGCAGACGAUGUGUCUGCUAGGAGAGAACAAAAGAAAAUCGUUGGUAGGGUUUGCAGGAGGGCGUAGAGCAGCUACAGAAGGUGCACAAACCCGAGUUCUGUUUUCCCGCUUGUACUAGUGGCCGACCUGGGUUGUGGUUUUUGGACGUGUUUCGAGCAUGAUGCAUGCAGGCUGCCGAGAGUUGCCGGCAGGACACAAAACUCUUUGGUUUUGUCCGGGCUCCCUUUCGGAUUUUACAAAGAAUGGCUGCUUGAAUCUUGCUUUCUUGCAGCAUGUUUGGCUGGGAUUUAGAGGUACAGUAGGGCGGAUGCUACCAGUUCCAAUUCUCCAAGUCCAUGUGCCUGUUGGGCUUGUGAACAGCCUUGUAACAGCCGACAGGGCAAGCUUUGUGUAAAGUAUGGUUUCAGUGUAUUUUUUUUGGGGGGGUUCGAAAGGAAUCUUUUUUUUUUUUUUUUUUUAGGCUUAAGUUUUGAGUUUGUGCCAGGAUGCAACAUACAAAGCAAACAGAUGAUGCUGUGCAAGCUGAAUAACUUAAUCUCAACUUUACAGAUUCCGGGCAUUUUAACAGGCUACUGUUUUCUCGCCGUCAAUAUGCAUUCGUGCCGCCACGCCUGCCUUCGGGCAUUUUGCUAACGAGCGUACCGGUUUUGCGUUUGUUUGACUCAGCUUAGACGCGCAAAAUUAUUGUGAUGCAACUGCCAUUUUUUCUCUUUUUGUUUUGUUGCAGGGACAUGCACACAGGUCAUGUCAAGGGCAAAAAGACAUACUGUUAAAGAGCCACAAGCUCGCAAAAUGCAUGAGAUCAUGUAACCAGCCUCAAGGCAUUUGCAUUGCAUGUGGCUCCUACAAAGCGACAGAAGGAGAUGCUUGAAAUACUUGCCUCUUUUUUGUUUUCUUUUUCUCUUGGGCGUUUUAUUUUCGGUAGUGGCUUGGGUAAUCACAGGGUCCGUUUUCUUUGUUUGUUUUUAUUUGUCUCUAAUGCUAAAGACAACCAACAGUUACUCAGCGUCUUCAACAUGUUUUUGUGUGUUUUGCACUGGUAAAGAAAACGAGAGAAUAUGUAGGCAUACUCGUACAAAAACAAAAAAGAUGCACCCUCUUUUUUUUUUUUCUAUGUGCCAAAGGAGUUGAGGGUUAGAAGGUGUGUGACGUUAACAAGGUAGCGUCGGCAGACGGGAGAUUUAGUUACUGGACGUGGAGACUUUGUCUUACUAAUGGCGGUCACAGCUGAUACUAGUCAUCCAGAUGCAGGGAUGGGCUUGGGUUGACGGAAAACUUCAUUCCAGCGUCCUUGCUUGCAAAGAAAAAAAAUAAAAUAAAGGCAGAUGUUUAGUUUUUUA